GUAUACUUUAAUGUAUAUAACGAAAAUUAAUAAUAUAUUUUAUUAAGUUUGUCGAUACCCCAGGAGAUUACUGUAACGGGGUUAUUAUUGAGGAUAAUCAUUAGACAGGACAGACUUACUUGUAUGGCAGCAACAAAAUGACGUCAGUACAACAAGUAGUCUAUUUUUUCCUUAUAUUCCUCGGCCUAAUAUCAUCUUCACUUUCAGCUUCUUCUGGAAUAUGCUCCUUCCAUGAAGCGGGAACAUGUGACGAGAAAGCAGACUGCGUAGAAAAGGAUGAAGGAAACAGCUUCGACUGUGUUUGUCAUACAGGUUACUUCGGAGACGGAUAUAAGAAUGGAACUGGCUGUACAGAUGGUCGAAACCCCUGCGUUAUAAAUGAUGAAUGUCAUACACGUGGUGAAUGUGAAGAUAACUUCUGUGUGUGUAGACAUGGCUUUAAAGGGGAUGGCUAUGAUGUGUGUGAAGACAUAAAUGAAUGUGAAUGCAGCGGUGAAACCUGUAUGUGUGAUGAGAAUGCCUACUGUACUAAUACCAUUGGCAACUUUACGUGUCAGUGUAAAAAUAACUACAGAGGAGAUGGAUACUCAUGUUCAUUUUUCUGCUCUAUAAAUGCUGAUUGCCAUGCAGAUGGAAGAUGCCAAAAUGAGGCCUGCAUCUGUAGGAAUGGAUAUGAAGGGGAUGGCAGAUUCAACUGUACUGACAUAAAUGAAUGUGCCUUGCCACCAUAUCCCUGUUCUGUCGAUGCUGACUGCGCUAACACAGAUGGCAGCUAUGAAUGUAAAUGUAAAAAUGGAUACACCGGCAACGGGAAAGAUUGUACAGCAAUGCCGAGGACAUGUGAUGAAAUCUUUAAAACAAAACCCAAAUCAGCUGAUGGACUUUAUAUUAUUGAUCCAGAUGGACCUGAUGCUUUACCUCAAGUGGAGGUAUAUUGUGAUUUUAUGCCUGACAUGGGUGUAACAAUCAUGAAUCCUAAAACUGAGAUGGUCCAGGUAAAUAGGAACACACCUGAGUACAGUGUAGAGUAUGAACAACAAAUACCUGAGAUAGAGGCAGUGGCAGAUAACUCCGGAUUCUGUUUCCAGCUGAUGAGUGCUAAGUGCCGUUAUUUGGCCAAGAUGUUAGAUGGUGAUGAUUACUGGGUGGACAGAAAAAACAACUCACACUACACAUGGGGAGGAGCUAAAACAACUGGAAAGUGUGUAUGUGGACAGAUAGGUGCUUGUCCUAAUCCUGAUUCUAACUGUGUGUGUGAUGGUACAGUAAAUGGACAAAUUGAUGAUGGAAAAAUCAUUGAGAAAGAUCAGCUUCCUAUUAGAAAAGUCUACAUUGGUGGAUUGACAGGUUCUGAGAAGAUAGACAUCAUCCUCGGACCAGUCACAUGUGGACCUAAACCAUUUGGAUUUCCAAUCGAUUGUUAUGAAGCAAAGUUUAGUGGGGAUAAAAUCAAGAAAGAUGGACCUCUGAUCAUAGAUGUUGAUGGGCCUGAUGGACCAGCGAACCCUAUCUUGGUCCAAUGUGACAUGGAAUCCUAUCCACAUGUUGGCAUCACAGUUAUAGUCCAUGAUCAGCCAGGUCCCACUCCACCUAAUACACCCAUUGAAUAUGCUGGUAAUAACGGAGACAUCAGUAAAAUUAUUGAAAAAUCAGCAUUCUGUAGACAAGAUGUCACAUAUGAUUGUCAGGACUCACCAAUUAUGGCCAAUGGUAACACACAGAUUGUAGAUAUAGACGGUAACGUGAAAGAUUACUAUCCAGGAGGUCUGCCUGGAAGGUGUGCUUGUGGUUUGACAGGAACAUGUUUUGAUAAAACCAAACAAUGUAAUUGUGACACGGUUGAUGGCGUCCGACGACAAGACUUUGGUCCAGUGACAAACAAAGGAGAUCUGCCUGUAGGGUCUAUAACAUCAACAGACCCAGGAAAUAAUUCCACUGUUACUCUAGGUCCAUUGAUGUGUAGUAGACGAGAAUUUGGUUUUGAAGCAAACUGUGAAGUUCUUCUACAAAAAGGUUCUGAUGUAUCAUAUACGUACUGGAUAGACCCAGAUGGUCCCUCAGCUAUUGAUGCUGUAGAUACAGAAAAUGUUGCUCCUUUCCCUGCUCAGUGUGUAAUGGUAAAGGAACCACCACACGGUGUUACAAUUAUACAUCAUGAAAACGAAAAUUAUGAAACCUUGGAAGGGUCAUUGGUACUGAAUUAUUACUAUGUAUCUGCACUACAAUUUCAAAAACUACGCAAGAGAUCAGUGUUUUGUACACAGGCCGUGUCAUUUCAAUGCACAACUUCACCUAUUUUUGAAGGUGGUGCUCCUAACAUCGAGUGGUAUGAUAUAGAAGGAGACGCCCAUUCCUACUUCAAUGGUAAUGGUAGCAAAGAUGGAUGUGCCUGUGCUCUGACGGGAACAUGUGAUGGUGGGGCUGGCUCACUCUGUAACUGUGAUAAAAAUGAUGCACAGAAAAGAGAAGAUGUGGGUAACCUGAUUUUGAAAGAUGACCUUCCUGCUGCUGAGGUCAAAGGUUUUGGACCAUCAAUCAAUGUAGGACCAUUGAAAUGUUAUGAUACUUUCCCUACAUGCAGUGAUCUGUUUGCCUAUAUGUACUUUCAUCGGUUUGAAAAUGAGGCUAUGGUUAAGAAUGGUGAAUACACAAUCAACCCAGAUGGCGCUGGUGGUGUGGAAUCUUUCAAGGUCACAUGUCAGUUCCCUAAAACAGAGAUUCCAAUCUUACCUGGUACUAAUACCAAUGGCACUGAAUCUCCAGAUGGAACUGACCCCAUUACUAAAUGUUUUGAUAUAAACUAUGGCAAUGGAAUAACUAAGGAACAAGUACAGGCACUGAUUGAUAACUCCAAGACAUGUGUACAGGAACUUGUGUAUAACUGUGUUAAUGCCCCUGUUACAGACCGUGUUCAUUAUGACACAUGUGACGGGAACAAACAACCAGGUUUUGCUGGAUCAAAUGGAGAAGACAUGUGUGCUUGUGGUGUAACAGGAACUUGUGCUAGUCUUAGCGGAGAAGUUAAUGAAUGUAACUGUGCAAUCCAAGAUGGACAACAGCGUUCAGACGGGGGAAUGAUUAGAGACAAAUCUCGGCUUCCUGUUUGUGAAGUUUGUAUGACGAUAGAUCCUGUUAACCCUCAGCAACCAUCAAGAUCUGCUUCAUAUGAAGUCUCGUCUCUCAAAUGUAGUGAUUAUAAUAUAGGUGUGUUUGGUUCUUGUCAAGCAAGACGUGAGUCUACUAAUUCUCCACAGCCUUCAGAUACAGUUUAUAUUGAUCCAGAUGGAUAUGACAAGGGAAAUCCCCCUUUCCCUAUAUUCUGUGAAAUACUGGCCCAUCCACCAGCAGGAAUUGUGACCAUAUAUCCUAAAAAAGAGACUAAUCCAGUCCCUGGGGAAGGUGGAAUGAUUAUAGUGGACUACUAUGUAUAUAUUCUGGAGUAUAUGAAAGUUGUGGUAAGCGAGGCAGUGUUCUGUGAACAGGAAGUUUAUGUUUUAUGUAAUGGCGCUCAGCCUCCAACACAGCGGGGAUCCUAUGAUGAGUGGAUUGUAACUAACGACGGAACCAUUCAGUGUAAAGAAGGAGCCUGUUCCUGUUCAGAUGGACAGAUUCAUGGUGGAUUUGUUAAAGUUCAGAGUAGUUUACCAGUUAUAGCAGUUAUACUAGAUACAUCCACAGCAGACAGGAAAGUACAUAUUGGACCACUCAAAUGUUAUGAUUUGUACAAAGACUGCCAUGAUAUAAAAGUAAACAAAGCCAUUACGAACUCUGCCCAAUAUAGAGGGAAUAAAUAUGCCGUAGACCCUGAUGGUCCAGGCGGCGUGGAAUUCUUUGAGGUCACAUGUGAUUUUAAAACAGACCCUAGUAUUGGUAUCACAAUUAUACCAGGACAGCCAGACAGCAUAAAAGUUGAAGGACAAACUGGACCAGGAUCACAGGUCACAGAUAUUGUAUAUCCAGAUGUCACACCUGAACAAAUAAAUGUUCUGACUAAGCAAUCAGGAUUCUGUUCACAGGGAAUACAGUAUGAAUGUAAAGAAACAGCUCUCAUUAAUAAUAAUUCACCUGCUGAUGGGUUCUACACCACAUACGGAGGAGUCCAGUCGUCAAGUUUUGGUACUGGUUUCCAGUCUGAUGUUACUGGAUGUGCAUGUGUUCUGACUGGAACCUGUCCACCAGGAACAAAUUGUCAUUGUGAUGCUAAAGGACCAAUGGUUGCAUACGACUAUGGAAUAUUAACAGAUACAAAUGUAAUGCCUAUAGUACAGUUAAACCUUGGAGGUCAAUCUACACCUGGAGCCACAGCCACUGCAACUGUUGGUGAUGUACGAUGUGGUCCUACACCUUUUGACUUACCUAAAGAUUGUGAGGAGGUUUACAAGAAUGGUUUCCAAAAAAGUGGAGAAUUUAUGAUCUACCCAACUACUGAUACAAAACCUUACAUGGUUUAUUGUGAUAUGGAGAUAGUUCCAGGACAUGGAGUUACAGUGGUAAGCCAUGACCAUGAGAAGCCAACAGUAACUGAGGGAACAGUCACAGAAACUGUUACCUAUAACAAUGCCUCCAGUCAACAAGUGGAUGGUCUUACUGACGUGUCACAAUACUGCUAUCAACCAAUCAAAUAUGACUGUUAUAAUACACAUUUUAUUGGAUAUGGUAAAUUUUACUGGACUGGCACUGGUGGUCAAAGUAAAUACUACCUAGGAACUGGAAGUAGUGGGUGCUCCUGUAGUGGAGGGAUAGAUAAACUGUGUGGAGGAGACAAUACAAAAAGUGUCUUAGAAACAAGAAAGUGUAGCUGUGAUGCAGGCGAGUUACAAUGGAGAAGUGAUGCUGGAGUAUUUACCAAUAACUUGCCUGUCGUUAGUAUGACUUUCCUAGACUCUGGCAGAGUUAAUGCUACGGGCAAGAUUACUCUUGGAAAACUUUUCUGCAGUCAAGUGGAGUUUGACUUGAAUGAAUGUGAUACAGGAUUUAAUGAUUGUCAUGAACAUGCAACAUGUACCAACAAAGAUGGAACCUUUGAAUGCAAUUGUAAGCCUGGCUAUCAAGGGAAGAAAGUAUCUGGGGUAUACGCUAAUGGUAGAAACUGUUAUGAUGAUAAUGAGUGUGCUUUGGGUUGGUGUCCACACUCAGCAGAAUGUGAGAACAUACCUGGAUCCUUCAAAUGUAAAUGUAAACCUGGAUAUACACAGGAGUUACCCGAGGAAUGUGGAGGCUACCAACAAUGUAAAGCUGUUUGCAAGGAUAUAGAUGAAUGUGCUGAUCCAAAGAAAAAUAAUUGUAGUGAGAACGCUGUGUGUACCAAUCUACAGGGGUCCUACAGCUGUCGCUGCAAGAGAGGGUAUAGAGGAGAUGGAGUAGAAUGCAUACCUGUUGGUCUUUGUACAUGUUUUGGUGACCCACAUUGUAUAUCAUAUGAUUCUAAGUUCCUCCAUUACCAAGGAGACUGUCAGUAUGUGAUGAGUCAGGACGGGUGUAACGGAACCGAUCAGACCUUUAAAGUACUAACAAAACAUUGGAACAAAAACAUAGUUGGUAUUGAAGAUGCCACCUGGGUAGAAAAGGUCAUAUUCACAUUCCCAGGUCAUGUUGUAGAGUUAGGCCAGGAUCAUGAGCUUAAGGUUGAUGGAUUAAAAAGAUCGGUACCUGUCAAAACAGAUAACAUGUUAGCACAGAGGAGAGGAAAAUGGAUUGAAGUAAGAACAACAAUUGGUGUCAACGUCAACUGGGAUGGAUUUGAGAAAGUCGAAGUAAAAGUGCCACCAAAUUAUCAGGAUAAGAUGUGUGGUCUGUGUGGUAAUUAUAACAGCAACCCUGCAGAUGAUUGGACACUUGGUCCUGCUUGUGCUGGUCAAGGAACAAUAACAAACAAUCCAAACAAAUUUGGUAACUCCUUUGUUGAUGUGAGUUAUAAAGAUGCCAACCCACAAUGUUCAUUUGAUUGUAACCAACCUCCACCAUCCAAAGAACCUUGUACAGGCAUGGAUAUGACAUUAUCUAAAUUCUACUGCAACAAAGUGUUUGACAUGAAUGGAAAAUUCAAGACAUGUCUUGAGAAGAUGGAUAUUGAUGGUGUUCUAGAAAGUUUCUACUCGACUUGUAUCUUUGAUGAAUGUAAAGUAACAGAGAACAGAGAGUUAGUCAUGUGCGCAAUUGCUGAAAACAUUGUCAAGGAAUGUCAGGAUAAUUAUGACACAGUCAUUUCUGAUUGGAGAACUCAGGAAAUGUGUUCUCCAAGUUGUCCAGUAAAUAUGGAGUAUUUAACAUGUGGCAGUGAAGAUAGAAUGAGAACAUGUGAGAAUACGACCACAAUAGAGACUGAUUCCUAUGAGAAAUGUACAGCCGACUGCUAUUGUAAAGAGAACAUGUUCUUGGAUGGUAAUAAGUGUGUGGAAUAUGAACAGUGUGGAUGUCUGUAUAAUGGUUUCUACUAUUCUGUUGGAGAGUUCUACACUGAUCAAGAAUGCACAACAAUGUCUACAUGUCAGUCUGACAGGUCAUUCACCUCACGACCUCUGACCUGCAGUGAGAAUGCCACAUGUGGUUUGGAUAAAGAUACAGGCGUGUAUGGAUGUUAUUGUAAACAAGGAUUCAUGGGAGACGGAGAAAAGUGUGAAUUUAAUCCUUGUGGUACCAACCCAUGUAAUCCGAAUGAGAAUUGUGUUGUAAAGGGAGAGUCCUAUAUCUGUGAAUGUCAGAUGGGAUUCCAGGGAGAAUGUAAUAACUGUCAAGAUAUAGAUGAGUGUGCAACAAAAACUGAUGAGUGUCCCCCACAUUCCAGAUGUAAGAAUACCGUGGGUAGUUAUACAUGUCAAUGUAUUGAGGGCUACCAGAAAGAUAAUGAACGAUGUAAAGACAUAAAUGAAUGUAAGAUUGGAACUGCCACCUGUGGAGACGGAACUAAAUGUAUGAACAAACCAGGUAGCUUCGCAUGUGAACCCUGCUCAGCUGGUUCACCAGAUGGCAAAUGUUGUGUAUGCUAUGGAGGUAAAUGUAAUAUUCCAGGAGAAGUAUGUGGCACUGAUGGUGUGACUUACAGCUCAGAGGGAGAUUUGAUUGUAGCAAGAUGUGAAAAGGGUAAAAAGAUUGGUCUAAAUUACAGAGGACCUUGUCUAGACUCCUGCCCUGGGGAGAAUAGCUGUCCAGGUAUGCAGACAUGUAAUAUCAGUGAGGAAACAGGAAAACCUGAAUGUACUUGUCCACCAUGUUCACCAGAAGAAGUGGUGUCAGAAGUAAAAGUUUGCAGUAGCACGUUGGAUAUAUAUACCAACAUAUGUUCUUUUAAGAAAAUCCAGUGUGCACUGGACAGAGAGGAUACCAUUAUAGAGAACACCAUAGCACCAUGUGAAGAAAAGAAAGGACUUGAGGUAGUGACAGAGUGGUCCGAAUGGUCACCAUGCAGUGUAACCUGUGGUAAUGGUACAAUGACCAGAGAUAGACAAGCUAUGGCAGAGUUUGAUGAUUUCCUGACAGAGAAGUAUCCACUGAACCAAGCAUCAGAUUGUUACAAACCACCUUGUGUGGGAAGUUCCUGCGAGGGUAUUAACUGCAACACAAGUCAAGUUUGUGUUGAAAGUGAGACAGGAGAAGGAUUCUGUGUGUGUCCUGACUGUACAGAUCAUGGAGAGGACCCAGUCUGUGGAAAGAUUGGAUCUCAGUACACAAAAACAUAUAAAAAUCCUUGUGAGCUUUCCAAACAAGCAUGUGAUGAAGGGGAGCCAUAUGAAGAAUUGUAUGCUGGUACCUGUGGAACACAACCACUCAACUGUACCAAGAUGCCAAGAUUAGAAACAAUAAGAAAUGAUGAAGGUUGUUUAUCUGAGAGAAAGGUUAAUCUAGGGAAAUGUGAUGGAGGGUGUGGCCCGUAUGCUAAUUUAUGUUGUAAGCCAAUCACAAAGCAGGUAGAUGUAGAGUUGGUGUGUAAAGACCAGACAACAGGGAUGAAAAAGGUUGACAUUAUCGAGGAUUGUGAGUGUGAAUCUAUACCAGUACCGUAAUGCAUGGGUUGAGAUUCAUCAACAACACUGAUGUCUAGAAUAAAAUCUACUUAAUUUUUUAAAAAUAUAAAACAAUGCUAUUUAGAAGAUUGUAACUUUUUUUAGGAAAAGCUUUCAUUAGUCAGCGAAUCAUUAUAGAACAUUCAUUUUAUUAAAUGGUUUUGGAUAACAUUAGUUCAUAAUUAUAUUUGCUGGGAGACCUUUGCUGACGCUUUAGACAAACUUAUACUUGCUGUUAAAUAUUCUGUUACCCUUUUUCCAAGCUGUGAUCUCUAAAUAAGAUUUAUUUGUUGUUGAUGAAAUAAAAAAUAUCAUGCUGA